GCGAAUUUCCUCGGAUACAUUGUUACUUGUCAUCGGUGGGUAAUUUACGCUAUUGCCAGUAUGAAACUAAUAUAGAUAAAGCGCUGUUGAAAUGAAUACUGUAUUCUCGCACAAGGUUCGUAUAUGUAAUGUAUUUAAAGUUUUAUUUAAAAAGUUUAAUUUUAUUAGUACCACCUAAUCUGAUGCGGUCACGGAAUAAAACAUCUUAGUUAGGGUUUAUGGCGCCAAAUACAUAAUAUUCAAAUAUAAAAUCGUUACAUGUUGUGAAUAGGACAACAUAUAUUAUAAAUGAUUUAUUAGAGCAGAACUAUACUUGCUUGUAUUUAUUACAAUUUUUACCGCCGUUCUGGUUUUGUCUGUCGUAUUUUUAUACCUUAUUAGAAUAGUAUUGUGAGCUAAAAUAGUAGCUAAAAUGAUGACUGGAUUUCUUUUAUGUUGUUGCCAGGAUGUUUUCUUUUUGCAGACGCGGUUCUUAGUUACGUGACAUAUUUGUUCUCAUUUCUACAAGUCAGACCAAUAGCCAAGGAAAGAAACAGUGAAUAAGUCAACGCUCCCAGAAACGGGAGAUGCGCUUGCUUGUUAAAGCGAUUAUAUGCUGCUUUGUGUAUCCUGCGCUUUCUGUUCAAUACGCACGAAACAAAAACUAUGGUACUUCAGUUUCUAUGGUGGCUCAUCCAAGGCCUCUGAUGCUGCUUAAUCCCCUGACACCUGCGAUGCCUCCUCAAUGGUACCAUGUGCUUCAAAAUCCUCGACAACCUAUAAUUAUGCCCCAAAGCCUACAAAUGUCUCGGUAUUUUCCAGCUACUGUGACAGCACCACACAUGCACGCACCCGAUGCCCCGGUUCGUAAAGCAACAUUUCGAAUGUCUCGAGUGCUUCGGAAUCAUCAAACUCCCGUAGUUAUGCCGUGGCGACCCCCAAUACUUUGGCAACCUCGCGUUCCUCCAAUAAUGCUUCAAAGACCGCAAAUGCCUAUCUACCCUCCACGACCAACAUUGGAGGCUCCAGCAAGGCCUCCACAUCUUCGACGGACUCCGAACCGACCACGAUAUUCACCACCUCAGCCUCAGUUCCCGAAAAGGAACACAUUUCAAAACCAAAUCUAUCCAGCAGUGCCUCAGAUCACUAAAAGUCUUUUUCAGAAACCCGUCAGACAUCAACAUCUUUCGUCUGCGCCUGUAAAUUCCGUAUCUUCUAAUUCGGUGUCAUUUCCCCAGCAAUCAUUUUAUUACAAUUCUCUUCUUGAUAAGCCAGCCCUACACAGUAGCGCUCAGAUAUACAGCCGUUCCAGAUCCCACACAUCGCUCAUUUAUCGACCCCUGGUAAAGAAGCUUGCGGCACAGCCUGUACUUGCGCAUCCAUCAGGAGCAUAUAUAUCAGCUAGCGUUGCCGGCUAUACGAGACCAAAGAUCAACAUCGCCCCUCUAAACGACGAAAUGCUAGGGGAGGCUCCUAUAACAGACGUGCUCGAGCAAGAAUAUAAUAACAAUGAACAGCAAAAACAUCUAAAAAACAUGACUGUCCGAAAACCGCGGCCAGCCAUAGUACAAAAACGUACAUCAUUUAUCACAGCGGAAAACUGCGAGGGUAGUAUGAGCUGUCGAUCCUUGCAUCAUUGUGCCCUGCUUGGCGGACAGGCGACCCAGGUCGCGUGCGGACCUUUUCCCACCUUCCAUUGCUGUGAGAUUCACACAUCAACGGAACUUGUCCACAAUACAUCUACGCGAAUCAUGAGCGACCCUGAGUGUGGACGGAAUCGUGAGAAGACGAGCCGUAUUGUAGGCGGCCACAAUGCGGAGUUUGGCGAGCACCCAUGGCAAGCGUUCAUUCGCGUGGGGGAGGCACGAUGCGGAGGUGCUCUGGUUAGCCGCCGACAUGUCGUUACGGCCGCACACUGUAUCAACGGCAAGACGAUAAAUAUGGUCGAAGUGCUGCUGGGCGAACUUAUCCUCGGUUCAGUGGUCGAGGAGUUACCCCACGAGAGACGUGGAGUUAUUCAUAUGGCAGCGCAUCCGAGCUACAAAGACCUAAAUAUCGAUUCACAUGAUGUAGCUGUACUAGUUCUUGAUCGACCUGUCAGGUAUCAGUCUAACAUCCAGCCAAUUUGCCUACCAGAACCCGAUGAGAACGUCACCGGUGCUAUGGCAACGGUUUCUGGGUGGGGACGCGUCUUCCCGGACCAAGAGAUGAAAGCUAAUCAUUUACAGGCCGUACAAGUGCCUGUUAUUGAUAAUCUGUUAUGCCGACGGUGGCUGAGGCGCCGGAAUAAAUAUGCGGGCGUUUUUGCGGAUCAUGUUUGUGCGGGAUAUGAACAAGGUGGCAACGAUUCAUGUCGUGGAGACUCCGGAGGACCCUUGGUUUACAAGAAGAACGAACGGUGGUAUCUCAUUGGGCUGGUAUCUGCAGGUUACAGCUGUAGCAAGCCAAUGCAGCCCGGAAUCUAUCAUCGAAUUAGCAGCAGUUCGGAAUGGAUAUCAAGAUAUGUGUUUGGGAAAAAUGCCCUCAAACAAACGAAUGACGCUCACGCUGCUUUAUAGGUAUCAGGAAAUUACACGCAGCUAUCCUAAUGAAACAUUUCGUCGAUUAUCAGCUGGGUAGAGGGUAGACGCACGAAUUUAAUAAUAGUAAUGUAGUCGAAGGCACGAAAAAUUAGCUGAAUAUUGACUCAUGAAGCGCACAUUCGUGUUUUCAGGCGUAACCCUUGUAUUCCCAAUAUUUACUGAUCUUUAUGUGUCAUCUAUUUAUUAUGAUAUUUAUAGUAUUUCUUAUAUACACGCACACCGACUUUUAACCGCUCCCUGCGUGUCGUUGAUGGUUAAACGUAUUCAAAGCUAUAUAUGUAUGUAUAUAUAUAUAAUAUUCACAUUUCAUAUUUGAUGUAUACCGCCAUAUGUUGUACCUAUGAUACAAAUUGUUUUAGUCGGCAAUGGAUCUCCCGAUACAUUGGACCUGCUGUAAUAUGUGUAUACAUGAUGCAGAUGUUCGCAGUUGAACAUAUAAAAACUUAAAUCAGAAUAUGCUAAACUGUAAAUAACAUGUACAGACGAGGUGUCAAUAUAAAUGUCCUAUUUAUAUAAAACAUGAUGGCAUUCCCCUUGAGUACAAUCGAAUUUAAAAGAAACAUAAGUUCGUAUACGCGUAGCAAGAAAAUCAUGAUAAUAGAUUAACUUCCUGUGACGUCCACUGCAACACUUACGCCAUUCUUUUUUUUUGUAGUACUUGAGGCGAUAAAGAAGUGCGCUAGCUGAAAUAAUUUGUAUCAGUCCACUAAAAUUCAAGUGGAGAUGGUUGGUUUUUAUACAUUUUUUUUUUCAAUUAACAUACAUCAAUUAUUCUGAUAUCCCUGUGUUCUAUUUAGAGCAUCUGAAGUGUAGCUGUUGUUAGACCUUUGAGAAUUUUUUACUUCUCUGAACACGUGUUGCAUAAAAAUCAGAGCCAUCCAUUUUUCUAUUUUCUUGAUGUCUUCGUCCUCUCGUGCAGUUAUGGGCGUAUAAAAUCAGACAAAUACCUGACAGAAAAAUGCAUAUUUUUCAUAAUUUAAUGGAAUAAGUGUGCCUGUAUACUUUGCAGCGCGUAAAGUAAUUGCAUCUAUUUAGGCAAACCUUCAACAUGUAAAUAGAUACU